CAGCUGCAAAAGGACUCUGGAAUAUGAAGUCUCAGCACAGACUGGCCUCACAGACUUUUAAAGAGGUUUCUUCCUGACUGUGGUUACUUAAAAGUGCUUACUGGCAGCCGAUCAGCAGAAGCAUCAUUCAUCCUGUCAGUGUGAGCGAUGCACAUCUCAGCUGUCGCAGUUUUCUUCCUGCUGGUGGUGGGCUCUUCUCUGGGGCAAAGUGGAGAUUCUACCGACACGCCAGAUGAUGACGACCUUGAACAUGAAAUGAAGACUUCUGGGAACUUUGAGUGCUUUUCCAAGCUACGUUUGAGUGAAAGAACAUUUACUUGUUUUGUUACGGAAAGGCCUUAUGAGACCACAGACAUCACCUACUUCAACAUAUGUAUAGACAAAGAUUGUGUGAAACGGAAAGAAAAUGAAACCUUUAAAAUUGUCGGAGGGAAUAAUAAUCUCACAGCCUGCAUCCGGGGAAACUGUAGGAAUUAUAAUAUAUAUACAAUAGCAAAACCUGACACCCCCAGUCUAUCCAUCUAUUAUAAUAACCAAUCAGAGGAAUAUAUAUUUAAUAUCAUGACGCCUUAUAAAGGAAAUGAAUAUUUAAAGGAUAAUUUGAUUCAUGAAGUUGUCAUCCGUAAGGAAGGUGCCGACUGGCCGAUAUGUGGAAAUGAAAGAAGUUAUGGAGGGUACAAGAUGUGUUGGAGGAAUGACCACAUACAAAUCCCAAAGAGAAAUUUAGAAUAUUCUACAUCAUAUGAAGCAAGGGUUCGAUCGAAGCCAUAUGGAGAUUUCUUUGAUGGUCCUUGGAGUCACUGGAGUGCAAUAGUCCCUUUUGUGUCAAUUAAAUCCAAGGAGAAGAAUGAUAACAAAGAUAAAGGAUUCGAAGAUCUUCUCGUAGUGAUUUUAUGCUGCUGUGCUGUAGUUGUCAUUUUCAUUCUUGUCAUCGUAUUAACUAAACUGUUCUGGAAAGACAGAAUAAAGCCGAUCAUUUGGCCAGAACUGCCAGACCACAAAAAUGCACUGGAGAAAUUAUAUAUAUCACCAACAAAGUACAUCCAUAUAAGCUUUAAUCCUGACUACUUUGACAAUUAUCACAUUAAUAAAGUAGACUAUAUGAAAGCACAAGUGAGGACAGAAGACAAUUUUCAAGUCAGCGCAACAGAUACCCAACUAGAAAAGCAACUUGAUACAAACGGUGGUAAUAACAUCUCAUCUCCAGCAGUGGGCGUCAAAGAGUCUUUCUCUCUCAUGAGCCAUAGCGGGCAGUGCAACGAACCCUCAGAUCACAUGGCUGCUAAUGGAACACAUGAGAUCGAUUCACUGGAGAAGACUGCAAAUUUUGAGAAUGUUCUGUUGCCAUCUACUGACUCCAGUUCCAAAUGCAUCAUUCCAAAUGACAGCCCAGAAACCCCUGGGGGUGGAACAGAGAAUUUUCCUGCGUAUCCCUACUCAGUGAAGCAACCAAACAACGCACCGAGAGGGAUCUGCUGGGAAGAUAUUUCCAUGUACAUUGCCAUGUCUGCCUUUAAGACACCCAACAGCACCAUAAAACAGUCCAAUAAUAUCUAGUUUCUUGAACAACCUCUCCUACUAUAACAGACUAUGAUAGUUUUGUUUAAUAUUUUCUAUAGAUGUAUAAAAUUUCUGAAAUAUCGAACCUAUGGAAUUUCUCCAGGAAAACUUGCAUACCCAGAAGGCUGUUCAGUACUUUCAAUUUCUAAGAUCAACUUUUGUUUGUGGAAAGACAAUUGUUGUUUUAUAGAAUACCUGUAUCUUUCUUAUGCCCUGUACACAUGACCGGUUUUUCCGUCGGAAUAA